CCGAAGGUCCGGCUUCCUCUGAGAGACACCGUCCUCUCCUCUGUCCCAACACCACUCCACUUUAAAACAACUUGUCCUCUCUGGUCCGAGUAGCGGCUCCCUCGGCCGAUGCGUCCCGACGAGUCGCUGGACCUAACUUUACAGACUUGUCAUCAGUCCUGCAUUGAAGAAGCGACGUGAUGUCAACGACCGGGGAAAUAAGAGAAUAACCUGCGAGCUCGGCGCUGGGAGACAGAAGAGAGAGAGAGAGAGAGAGAGCAGCAGUCUGUGGUGGAGGAUUCCCGGUCCUGUGUGGGAUGUUAACGGACUGGGGGUGCGUUGAGGCUGAAGGAGCAUGGUGAAACACCAACCCUUACAGGUCUAUGAGAAGCAGGUCUUUGUGUCCUUUGUCACUGGGAUCUAUGGUUGCCGCUGGAAACGCUACCAGCGUUCCCAAGACGACAGCUCCAGGUGGGAGUGUACCUGGUUCAUCAUCUUGUGCAGUUCUUUCCUCCUGCUUCUCUUUUGGGCCUACUUCUGGUUGGUGGCUCAAAAUGACUUCAACGAGUUUAACUGGUCGGUUUACAACCGCUCUGGAGAAUGGAGGGAUGAGACGAUCCCCAUCCUCGCGUCCACCACUGUGGGAUUCAGCUAUAUUACAUUCUUACUGACAUUAGCCCUUUUCCACAUAUCCUUGGGCCAACAGCUGAAUCUCUUCUGGGUUCACAAGAUCGGAGUGUUGGCCACAUUGCUCACCACUAUCUCUGGUGUCGUCUCUGUUGAUGACAUAUGGGGAGAUGAGUGGGACAUCCUGCUUGUGUCACUGCAGUCCACAGCACCAUUCCUGCACAUUGGUGCCCUGGUGACAGUCACAGCUUUUAGCUGGUUGGUAGCUGGGUAUGUGGUCCGCAGAGAGAGAUCCAAUUUCCAGGUGCUGGUGCUGCUGAUCUACGUCAUCAUCCUCCUGGCGGUCUGUUUAGCUCCGCUCACGUUCACCUGCCCCUGCAUCAUGGACCGCCACAGCCUCAGACCUCGGCCAGACAUCAUCGGUCGACGGGGAGCUCCCAUGCUGGCUCCAGAAAACACCAUGGUGUCUUUUAACCGAGCCCUGCAGCAGGGAGCCAGCUCCCUGGAGGCAGACGUCACGAUCAGUGUGGAUGGAGUUCCAUUCCUCAUGAGAGACCGCACAUUGAGGCGAACCACAGACGUCAAUAAGGUCUUUCCAGCCAGACAGUCUGAUGAGGCCGCUCUUUUCAACUGGACAGAGAUUCGCUCCCUAAAUGCUGGCCAGUGGUUUUUGGAGAGUGACCCCUACUGGACAGUUGAGACCCUAACAGCGAGGGACCGCAGCAGAAUAGGCAACCAGACGGUUUGCAGCCUGGUGGAGAUGCUGCGUCUGGCCUCCAGGGCCAACAGCUCUGCACUGCUCAACGUCCGCAAACCUCCACCAGAGCACCCGCGCUCCCGGAGCUGGUUCAUGGACACGCUGUGGGCCGUGCGGAAAGCUGGGAUUUCCCCUAAGAGGGUGAGGACUGUGACGUGGACCCCCGACACAGACAGGGGGAGGGUGCGAGGGCUUCAGCAGACUACAACUGAGAAGCUGUCACUGGAGGAGAUAAGGCAGAGGGGAAUUACAAGCAUGACCCUCCACUAUAGCAAGGCCAGCCACAGAGACAUACAGGAGUAUCUGGCCAAUAAUGUGAGUGUGACCGUGUACCCAGUGAACGAGCCCUGGCUCUACUCCCUUCUGUGGUGUAGCGGGGUGCCUUCUGUGUCCUCUGAUGCUCCUCAAGUCCUCCGAAAGGUGCCUUACCCCAUCUGGCUCAUGAGCCAGUACGCUUACGGCUUCAUCUGGAUCUCUUCAGACUUGGUGUCCAUCGCCAUCGUCAUAGGGAUUUUCUGUUUCCAGAAGUGGCGGAUGAGCGGGAUGCAGACCUAUAACCCUGAACAGAUCAUGCUGAGCGCGAUGGUGCGUCGGUCCAGUCGAGACGUCAACAUCAUGAAGGAGAAGCUCAUAUUCUCAGAGCUUAACAACGGGCUGGGCAGCUCAGAGGAGCUGUCUCUGUAUCCUGAGAACGGUUACGCCAGAUACUCUCAUGGAGACCUCAGCCACUGAAAAACCAGCCACUCAUGGAAAAUGAUUGACAAGGAUGUUCUGGUGAGCAGAAAAAGGAGAUCACAGAGGAUACAAAUCUCUACGGCAAAUAACCCCAGAAGGGAUGACAGUUACCACAUGAAUGUUUCCACCCUGGCCAGAAAAAAACAAUUGUUUAUCCACUUGCUAACGUGCAACUUAAAUUUUUAUUUCAUUUUAUGAGAUGAACAAAUUUAUGGACUAGGCAGUGAUUUGAUCGGUGCAAUCUUUCAUCAUCAGACACCUUCCUAUAUAUAUUUCUAAUAUAAUGUACUUUGGUGUAUUUUUCUUAUCCUGUAAGACUGCUGGUGUAAUCCACAAGGCUCUAAAACAGUUCAGCAUUUCCUUACCUGUCAAACGCUGUCACUUUCAACCUUACAUGAAAAAUGUAAAUGUUGCUGGGAAUGUUGCUGGGAACAUUGCUGUUUUGCAUAUGUGAUGAUGUCAUCACUCAAUGGGUUAGCUGACGAAUAAACUGAGAAUCGAGUGGAGUCAGAUGGAGCCCCAGUCACUGACCUGUUGAAACAUGUGAUUGUUUGUAAUAAAUCUAUUUGUUUGAAGCAUAAUUUUAAAACAUCAAUUCACCUUUUCAUGUAGAAACAGAAACACAUUUUAUCGGCAGAAUAUCCACUCAUUUAACAUUAUUGGCUAUAGAUGUGUUGAUCUGUGUUCUUAUUGGGCCAAACAUCCAUCGGACCACAAGGAAAAUAUCUUCUGUUCUGUCCAUUUGCUUGAGUGACCUUCUCCAAAUGUUUAUCUGAGCUAAUAAAGCUGUGCUGUUGUAUUUUUCCAUGUAAUUGACUUUUGCUGUUGUUUUAUAACAGAGGAAAUGAGCUGUGUAGUGUUCUGUAAUAUACACUGAUGUAAAUAUGAGUUUUUAUUUUGUUCCCUCUGAGAGGAUUUGUUUUGGACAUAUAAGCAGAAUAUUUUAUGUUUGCAUUGAUUAUCAUGAUGACUGACUUCCUAUUUUAAGUGUGACAGACUCUGGCAUGAGUUCCAUGGUAUGAGGGUACUUGGGGUGGGGGGUGAAAAUGUUCAGCUUUUUUUCUGCCUCUUAUCUGCCAUGAUUGAUUUACUGUAUAGUCGUAUUAGUUAUUACAUCUUUCACAUGGCUGCCUUUUUGUUAAAUUAAGUGACUGGUAGAAUAUUGUAAAAUAUAUUUUUAGUCUAACGAUAGGGGUAAAAAGUCAGACUACUACUGUCAACUGUUCAAUAAAUUUGAUCUUUGUGCAGGUU